GCACGCCCCCGCACUCACCUGCCUCGCGCUGGAACAUCACACUCGCUCGUGCGUUCAGCUGGACGCGUACAUUUCUGUUUCUGACAAGAAAAAGAGAGGAUUGUUGAUUUUUAAGAGGCUAACCGGCCUUUUCAGCGCUUCUUGUCACGGUUAAAGUGCUUGUGUGUGCUCGCUGACUUACAAUGAAACGUUACGGAGGAGGUAGAGCGAUAAAGACGCGGUUGUGAAAUGUUAAAAAGGAGAGAGCGACGACUGACAAACCUUAACGUUCAUAAACACAGGGAGAUGCUUCUUUCAUCAAACAUGAGUGUUUUUUUAAUGGAGAUUAUGCUGUGGUUUAAGAUUCCUUAUCAAUGAUCUCUGGGACCUUAAUGGAUCUAUUUAACAGAGAGGAGCUCUGGGAUUACUCAAAACAGAAGCUGGACUCUGGCCUGGAAAUAGCUUUUUUUUUAGUAAGUUUCAUCUGACACGCAGACUGCUGCACAGACAUAAACAGCACACUAAUCUAGUUUGUAUUUAUCAUGUAGAAAAGCGGACAGAGAGACAGCCAGGAAAAGCAGAACACGUUUUUAUAUGGUGAGAACCCUCACACUCACACAGGUCACGAUGCAAGCCAAGUCACAAGGUGUUCAGGAUAAAGGGAGGUUUGGAGAAAAAUCAUCACAGGCAUCUUUAGUGCUGGACACCAGAGCCAUCUCCAGUGAUGCAGAGGGCAAAAUCCUGGAGCUUGUUGAUUUCAGUCAAACAACUGAUGGUGUAAAACAGUCUGCACAAAGCAGCGACAUUAACAUUUUGAAAGGAAAUGACAUCACAACAAGCCGCAAUGACCUCACAUUAAAUGGAAAGCCUACUUUUGGGAACCAGUCAGGACUCAGUGAAUCCCCAGUUUCUGUUGAGGUGGGUGUGGCAAAAUUAGCACAGGGUUUCAAACCUCUCAUGGUCAAUUCUCUGUUGAAGGGAACAAGUAUGACCCAAGCUUCACAUGAUGAUGCCCCGGUCACCUCAGCUGACAGCAGUACUUCAUUGCAAACAGAGUUAUCUGAGUUCGAUACAAGUGCCUUUGAAAAGACGAGCCAUAUCUCUCCUGUCAAUUUCUCUGAACCCAGUUUAGACACUUCUCAGUCUAACAAAAUCACCAAAAAUAGCACACAGGAACACAGUCAUGAUUCCCAAAUUAACUUGAGCAGUAAACCAAAGGCAGAAAACUCACGCAACGAGAGUUCGCCCAUAUUCCCUGAUGUUUCAUUCAAAGUCACCCAAACAAGGGACAGCAUCGACAUCAGGUGGGACGAGGAGGACAGAGGUGAUGACGUACAAAGCACUCACUCCAGGCGGACGGUGAAAGAGGGUGUGUGCUGCUGCUAUCAGCGAUUCCACAGGGCUUUUCUGCAGUGCGUGGAGGAAACUCCAGCCAUGCUGUCCGGACUGGUGCUGUCUUUGGUGUUCUGUGUGGUCAUCAUUAUCGUCAUUCCCUCCACAGGAAGGAACCUUGAUAUUCAUGCAGGUGCUCUGUCCGUGGUGUCUGUGGUUCUCUGUCUGAGCACUGUGCUGAUCGUUUGCCUGCCCUGGCUGGCCACAGUGAGGCGCUGCGGAGGAGCCCUGGCCCUCUUUGUCUGGGGGACACUGUAUGUCACUGCUAUAGUUUUCAUCUUCACUGGGGGACCUGUCACCACAUGGGAACAGGUAGCAUUUUUCCUCUUCCUCUCUCUAAGUGUCUACACAGUGCUGCCUCUCUCUCUGGCUUGGGCCAUGAUAGUUGGAAUUGGGACCAGCCUUUCACACAUUAUCAUCAUCAGCAUCUAUGUCCCUGUCACAAGCCCACAGACACCGGACUUGGCGGUGCAGCUGGUGGCAAAUGCAUUGCUGUUUGUGUGUGUGAACUGCGUUGGGAUUUUCCACCUGUGGACGACCGAGCACGAUCUCAGGAUAUCCAAUCAGAAAAGAGAAGAGUUCAGCACCAUACGAUCCCAGAAAGAAAUAAGGAAAUAUCAGCAGGAGCAGCUCCUCCUCUCGGUGUUGCCACGGUACAUCGCCAUGGAGCUGAAAACGGAGGUGAUAAGGAGGCUGUCCAAGCCUAAGAGCAAAGAAAAUGAAUCCCACUUCAACAAUUUUCACAGCUUCUACAUACGGCAGCAUAAAGACGUCAGUAUCCUGUAUGCAGACAUUGUGGGCUUCACAAAGCUGGCAAGUGCCUGCUCACCAGAAGAGCUGGUCGCUAUGCUCAACAAGCUUUUUGGCAGGUUUGACGACAUUGCUAAGAAGAAUGGCUGUCUUCGCAUUAAGAUCUUGGGUGACUGCUACUACUGUGUAUCUGGUCUUCCUGACUACAUUCCCACCCACGCCAGGAAUUGUGUUCAGAUGGGGCUCGACAUGUGUACUGCCAUCAGUAAACUCCGUGAAGCAACAGGUGUUGAGGUCAACAUGCGUGUGGGUGUCCACACUGGGAACGUGCUGUGUGGCGUGAUCGGCUUGCAGAAAUGGCAGUAUGACGUGUGGUCACAUGACGUUACGUUAGCCAACCACAUGGAGUCUGGAGGUCUUCCUGGGAGAGUCCACAUCACAGAGGAGACACUGCAGCACUUGGGUGGAGAGUACCAAGUGGAGGAUGCGGACGGGGGGAGCCGGGAUCCCCUUCUUAAAGGAAGAAAAACCUACCUGGUGAUCGACCCCCACAAGCCGGACAGCAUCACUAAGAGGCUGAAAUUGCCAAACAAUCCUGCACCAGGUGAGCCCAUUAAGCGGGCGUCAGUCCGGAUGUCUCAGUAUCUGCAGUCCUGGAAGAAUAUCCACCCCUUUGCGGACCUGAGCAACCCUGAUGCCACGCCCCCCAAGACCCCACUCAUCCCCACCAGUUCUGUCAUGAAUCAGCCACACCUGAAUGUAGAAAGGUCACGGAGCCAGAACGAUCCCAGCUGUUUGGUUGUAGAUAAUGAUGUUAGGGGAUCACUGGACACAAUGGACAUUGCAGGGAGGAGGGAAAAGAAGCUCAACUGUUUGACUCUGCUGUUCAAUGACCUGAGCCUGGAGAAACAGUUUCGUUUUUCAGAGGUGACAGGUUUGCAUAAGUCAAUAAGCUGCAUAGCUUUUGUCUUUGUGACUGUUUUUACCAUCCAGAUGCUUGUCUCUAAAAAGAACUUUGAAAUGGCCGUGUCUUAUGGUGCAACCUUCCCUGUGAUCGUGAUUGUUCUGUCCAUUGCUUUCACCGGAUACUUGGAGAAGUGGCGUUCCAAGAUGCCUUUGAAUGUCCAGUGGGUAUCGGGGUUGUGCCGUGGCAUCUCCACCAGGGCAUUGCUGCGAGUCUUUGUUGUCACACUCUGUGUGCUCAUCACACUGCUUAUGGCCAUCCUCAAUCUUUUCUUCCAGCCAGGAAAGGACUGCACUUCUAUUACCAACAAGGCAGAGCUGGAAGAUCUCAAACUCUACACUUUGCCUUACUACCUGUACUGCUGCCUACUGGCCAUGGUGGGAGUGAUUGUGUUUGUCAGGACGUGCAUGUCUGUGAAGACGCUGCUGCUCACCUUGGCUGUGGUGGUUUACCUGGCCCUCUUCCUCCAUGUUUAUGCUCCAAGGUCCUACUGCCUCUGUCGCCUGCUUUACAAUGACACAAACCCUGGUGUACUGAAGGACCCUCAUAUCAUGUCUGGGAUUUGGCUCGUCAUCUUUUAUAUAGUAUGCCUCAUACUGGCUAGACAGGAUGAGCUUAGUUGUCGUGUAGAUUUCCUAUUGGAGCGAUGUUUCCAGAUGGAAAGAGAGGAGAUGGAAACUAUGGAGAACAUCAACAAACUCCUCCUCCAUAAUGUCCUGCCGCUCCAUGUCGCCUCCUUCUUCGUGGGCAAAACUAUUCGUAACCAGGACUUGUACAGCCAGUCAUAUGACUGUGUGUGUGUGAUGUUCGCCUCAGUACCUCAGUUCAAAGAGUUUUACAGUGAGAGCAACGAGAACAGGGAUGGGCUGGAGUGUCUGCGCUUCCUCAAUGAGAUCAUAGCAGACUUUGAUGAGCUUCUUUCCAAGCCCAAAUUCUCUUCAGUGGAGAAGAUUAAGACCAUUGGCAGCACAUACAUGGCAGCUGCAGGACUGACACACUCACCUCCAGGGGAUGAAAGAAAGCAAUGUGAUCUGUCCUACAGCAACGUGCGUGCCAUGGUGGAGUUUGCCAUUGCUUUGAUGAGCAAACUGGAGCUUAUCAACACACACUCUUUUAACAGCUUCAAACUAAGGAUCGGAAUAAACCAUGGUCCAGUUAUUGCUGGGGUGAUUGGAGCUCAUAAACCUCAGUAUGAUAUCUGGGGGAACUCUGUGAAUGUAGCCAGCAGGAUGGACAGCACAGGAGUGCUGGACAAGAUACAGGUGACAGAGGAGAUGGCCCAGGUGGUCCAGAGCAUAGGAUACAGCGUCACUCUCAGAGGAGUAGUCAAUGUUAAGGGCAAAGGCGAACUCACCACCUAUUUUGUCAACACAGACCAAUCAUCUCCUCAGUUCUGACCUUCGUAGUCAAAUACUACUGAACAGACUCACUUAAACCUGGGUCCAAACUUUAGCUGAACUUACUAUUGUUUGUUUGAAUGAACCUGGUCUACGUUACGGAAACGGAAAUGAAGACGUAGCAGCACACAUCUACCACAGAGCUGCCAUUGUCUUCUAGAUGUGACACUAAAUCAUAUUUUGAACGGUUAAAUGAAGACAUGACUUUUAAUUGAAAGCAGAGAGCUUUCUAAGCAUGGGCCAGUGUCCAGCCAUGAUGCUUACUAUAUCUGUACUGUAUUUGGAGUGUCCCUAUUGCACACUUUACACUGUAUUAUUCUGAAAACAUAAACUGAAUGGUGCCUUUUUGGUACACCCAACAUGGCUGAAUCACAUGCAUUGUCUAGUUAAAAAGACAACAUUGAUGUAUAUGGCUGCUUUAUUAGAAAAAUAAGGUAUCCAUCUUAGAUGUACCAAAGAUUAAUGUUGUUUUAUGAAGGAUGUCAUAGCUUAUGCCUCACAUAAGCCAAAAUACUGUGCUGUUUACUAGAUUUCUUAUUUAUUUACAACAUUUUCACUCCAUUAUGUUUCCAAUAAGUUACAAAAAGUUCACAUUUUCAUUCAAAUUUUAUUCAGCUUUAAAUAUUCUAUUUCUGAGUAUCUUAAAGAAUAUUAUGUGUCUUUAAAUGUAGGGAGAAACGGGGCAGACAUUUUGUGUACUUGAAAUCAUUUUGUAAUACCGAUUGGUCUUUUCAACUGGUUCCCAAACAUCCAAGACAAAUCAGAGGGAGUCACAAGAUAACUGACAACAGGGGAGAGAAGAAAAUAUUCUUAAUUUGUACUAACAGAGUGUACUUAUUUUCCUGA